AUGCACCGCACAUACUCGAUGCGCCAGUCGCGCGCGCCGACUGCUUCGCAGAUCCAGAACCCACCACCACCAUCGUCGUCGACCAAGGGUGGUCGUCUGUUUGGCAAGGCCAGCCUGGGUCACACCUUCCGCAAGUCGGUGCACCCAGGUGCUUUCGGCCCAGAUCUCGCCAAGAAGCUUUCGCAGCUCGUGAAGAUGGAGAAGAACGUCAUGCGAUCGAUGGAGUUGGUCGGCAGGGAGCGCAUGGAGGUCGCACAACAAUUGUCCAUCUGGGGUGAGGGAUGUGAUGACGAUGUUUCCGAUGUCACCGACAAGCUCGGUGUUCUCAUCUACGAGAUCGGUGAGCUUGAGGACCAGUUCGUCGACCGCUACGACCAGUACCGUGUCACCAUCAAGAGUAUCCGCAACAUUGAGGCCUCCGUUCAGCCCAGCCGAGACCGCAAGCAGAAGAUUACCGACCAGAUUGCUCAGCUCAAGUACAAGGAGCCCAACAGCCCCAAGAUUGUCGUCCUCGAGCAGGRGCUUGUCCGUGCAGAGGCCGAGUCGCUCGUCGCCGAGGCCCAGCUGUCAAACAUCACCCGCGAGAAACUGAAGGCUGCCUUCACCUACCAGUUCGAUGCUCUCCGUGAGCACAGUGAAAAGAUGGCCAUCGUCGCCGGCUUCGGAAAGCACUUGCUCGAGCUCGUCGAUGACUCCCCAGUCACCCCUGGCGAGACCCGCAAUGCUUACGACGGCUACGAGGCUUCCAAGGCCAUCAUUCAGGACUGCGAGGAUGCUCUCACCAACUGGGUUGAGCAGAACGCUGCUGUCAGCUCCAAGCUCUCUACCCGCGCACGUACCCUUUCCCAGCGUCGCCGCAACCAGACAUCUGGCCACGACCUCUCUGGCCAGGACCAGGAUCGUGAAUCCGGAAUGUGGAUGCCAGCCGGUCAGCACCAGUCCGGCCAGGAGUACGACGAUGAGGAGGAUGCCUCUGUCCGCGGACGCGAGGAGGAGCGUGCAGUUGCUUAA